AUGAGUUUUGGACAAUCACGAGCACUGAUGCGUUUAAGCUCAGAUCUUAAAGCUAUGUUGACAGACCCCCCAGUAGGGAUUUCCAGUGGACCCAUAGACGAAACAAAUCUCUACUUUUGGCAGGCAACCAUAGCAGGCCCAGACAACUCGCCAUGGGAGGGCGGGAUCUUUGAGCUCAGACUGACUUUUUCAGAUGAGUAUCCCCUUAACCCUCCCCAUGUUAAAUUUGUCUCUGAAAUUUUCCAUCCCAACGUGUUUAAAGAUGGAAGGAUCUGUCUUGAUAUUUUACAAGACAAAUGGUCGAGUGUUUAUACUGUAUCAACCAUCUUACUUGCUAUUCAAAGUUUGUUGACUGAUCCUAAUGUGAACAGUCCUGCAAACCCAAUAGCAUCGAGUUUGUACACAACAAACAGAAAAGAGUACAACAAGAUGGUCCGCGCAUGCACUGCGCGAUCGCUCGAAGCUUAA